ACGCAAAGUUUUUUGCGGCCCUCUUAUUUCUUUAUCCUUAAACCCGUGCACCCCUCCUAGACGGCACGGCAGGGGGCUUGGGUGCUUUUCUGCUGCUUUACCAGCCGCCCCAAAAUUUCGUCCGACCUGCGGGAAGUCUCCGGGCCAAGGCUGGCCGUUACCGACCGAUGCCUGAAACUCCGCGCGGACCCAGCGUUCGCUUUCGGAGCUCCAGCUUCUCGUCCGCUAGCCCGCUGAUGAGAAUUGUAAACAAAACGGAUGACAGCCUCGCUUAGACGGAGCUUUCCUUAAAAUUCAGUUUAUACCUGCGUUAAAUUCGUACCCGUAUCAGCCUCUGUCUGCAAUACUCUGUUCUCAGCCUAGCGCCCCGGCAGCCCUAAAAGUAACCCGGAGGGGAAAACACCUGAUACUGAAAUCGCUCGCAGUUACGCUUUCGGUGUGUGUAGACAUGGCUGAUAAUGAGAGCGACGGUAAUAGGUCUAUUUUUAGCCUACGCCGUUCCUUUGGGAUGUUUUUGCCCCGGUGCUUAAAAAAAAAACAGAAUUAAAUACGUUAUUUCUAAUAACUGAGACUUUAUCGUGACAAAAAUCAAGGAAUUCCUAGAACCCGGUGCAGCAUUUGGAGGGCCAAAAGCUCUGACAGAGAUGGGAUACGGCCUUGACAAGCACAGCGCUGCCGCUGAUUUUACUUCUGUAUUCUCCCUAUCAGAAUAGAAAAGUGAUGGUGAAAUUUGGACUAACAACUGUUGAUCUUCCAAACCGUAGCCUAUUUUAGGUGUGGUCAUGUGCUAGCGAUGCUUCAGAAGAGAUAAGGGCACACGUUACAUCCGAUGUUUACUUUGCGCUGCAGACGAGCACCGCGGCUCCAUCUGACUUCCUGUACUUCGCGUUGUUCACUUCCACAGCACUUCGCUUCAGACUCUUUCGUCCCUUGUUCAGGGCGAGCAGGUUAGCAGGAGCUCUGCUGCUGUAAACAGCUGCCUUCAGCUUUCUUUUCCCACACAGAGGGCACUGAGAAUUUAUUUAUUACUUUAUCUCGUAAUUUUACUCCAGAGUAGAUCAGCAGCAGAUGCUUCUGACAUAUUGCUGCUCCGUACUUUGAAAUAACUAUGUGCAUUGCCAUACGCAUGACCUGCAGUCUCGUGGUGAUCCAUCCGGACAGAACUUAUGUUCGAGCAUCAGCUCAGGCAUAAAAUCUACUUGCCCGCUGUCUUCAGAGAUGAUCGAAGAUGAUAAAAGCCUCAUUAUAAUGUGACUGUUCGGUUUAACCGGUCAGAAUUUUGCAGUGCUCUGCUGCCUGUAUCGGUCUGCUAAACAAAUUCUGUUAAACAGUCUGAGUUUCAUCCUCUUCUUAAUAUUGAAAGUGAGGACUGUCACGAUCUGCUCUGAGGGCUGUAGUACAGUAGAACUUAAUUUAUUCAGUUUCGCUUUGUCUUCCUACAGGGUCUGUUCUUUUCUCUUUUAGUUUGGGAAUUUAGCUGAGCUGUAAAAUACCAUGUAAAUGGAUCAUAGGUAUUGCCCAUUCUUGAGCUAAGUUUAUGCUGCUUCUGUCCUUCAUAGCUGGGAUCCUAACGUGUCAGCACAAGAGCGAGAAUACCCGUCAUCAGAGAAAGGUAGUUUGGCAGCAGUCUGAAAAAUGGGAAACUCUACAGAUUCGUUUUAAUCACUGCUGAGUUUUACCCCUGGUCUGUAUGGCAGACUUCUGCUGGCACAGCUCUGUCUGCGAGUGCUGUGACGAAGUGUGACCCGUGACUGACAUAGCUGUGCCAGCAGAAGUCCCAGCUGUAGAUGCAGUUAUCUGCAAAACUGCGCUUUUACUGAUAUAGCUUGUUUUCGUUUUUAAGGGUGUUUUUCCUAUACCGGUAGCCAUGUUUUGCCAGGAGAGCGCAACACUCCCAGGGCAGAAGGAGAUCUGGUGUAAUCAUACGUUUAUUUGUCUGACUCGGAAGGGUCAACCGAUCCGUUUGUGUUUUAUGUGUGCGCGCUCUCCUCCCCCCAUCCAUGGUCAGUAGAAGUUUGGUAACUUUUACAGUGAGAAAUCUCGUGCUGAAACUAACAGGGAUGCCAAAGGAAAAAUAUGAUCCUCCAGAUCCUCGCAGAAUUUACACCAUCAUGUCAGCCGAAGAGGUAGCCAACGGGAAGAAGUCUCACUGGGCCGAAUUAGAGAUCUCGGGUAGAGUGCGGAGCUUAAGUACGUCACUUUGGUCACUGACGCACUUGACGGCUCUGCACCUCAAUGACAAUAAUCUUACUCGCAUUCCGCCUGAUAUUGCCAAGCUUCAUAAUCUGGUUUACCUGGAUCUGUCAUCCAACAAGCUCAGAAGUUUACCAGCAGAACUAGGAAACAUGGUAUCUCUCAGGGAAUUGCUUUUAAAUAACAAUCUGUUACGGGUUUUGCCUUACGAACUUGGACGGCUCUUCCAGCUACAGACCCUAGGUUUGAAAGGCAAUCCUUUAUCACAAGAUAUUCUCAGCCUCUACCAGGAUCCAGAUGGAACUCGAAAGCUACUGAACUACAUGCUUGACAAUCUAGCAGUUCAUCCAGAGCAGCUGCCUCCAAGGCCAUGGAUUACUUUAAAAGAACGAGACCAAAUUCUGCCCUCAGCUUCCUUCACAGUUAUGUGUUACAAUGUGUUGUGUGAUAAAUACGCCACCCGGCAGCUCUAUGGCUACUGCCCAUCUUGGGCCCUGAACUGGGAGUACAGGAAAAAGGGAAUCAUGGAAGAAAUAGUCAACUGUGAUGCAGAUAUCAUUAGUCUUCAGGAAGUGGAAACAGAGCAAUACUUCACCCUUUUUCUGCCAGCCUUGAAAGAACGAGGAUACGACGGAUUCUUUUCUCCAAAGUCACGUGCCAAAAUCAUGUCUGAGCAGGAGAAAAAGCAUGUGGAUGGCUGUGCAAUAUUCUUCAAAACGGAAAAAUUUAGCCUGGUGCAGAAGCAUACAGUGGAGUUCAAUCAGGUGGCAAUGGCGAACUCCGAAGGUUCGGAAGCUAUGUUAAACAGAGUGAUGACGAAGGACAACAUUGGAGUUGCUGUGGUGUUAGAAGUGCACAAAGAAUUAUUUGGAGCAAGUAUGAAAUCACUUCAUGUGGACAAACAGCUGCUCAUUGUGGCCAAUGCCCACAUGCACUGGGACCCUGAAUACUCAGAUGUGAAACUCAUUCAGACUAUGAUGUUUGUCUCAGAACUGAAAAAUAUCCUUGAGAAAGCCUCAAGCAGGCCUGGUAGCCCAACAGCAGAUCCUAAUUCUAUCCCUCUGGUGCUGUGUGCAGAUCUUAACUCACUGCCUGAUUCAGGGGUAGUGGAAUACCUAAGCAAUGGCAUAGUAGCUGACAACCACAAGGACUUCAAGGAGUUGCGUUACAACGAGUGUCUCAUGAACUUCAGCGGCAAUGGGAAAAACGGGGCUUCUGAAGGAAGAAUUACGCAUGGCUUCCAGCUCAAGAGCGCCUAUGAAAACAACUUGAUGCCUUACACCAAUUACACUUUUGAUUUCAAAGGUGUGAUUGACUACAUUUUCUAUUCCAACACUCACAUGAACGUGCUUGGUGUCCUGGGGCCUUUGGACCCUCAGUGGCUGGUUGAGAACAACAUCACUGGGUGUCCACACCCUCACAUCCCUUCAGACCACUUCUCACUGUUAACACAACUCGAACUCCAUCCUCCGCUCCUGCCUCUUGUCAACGGUGUUCACUUGCCCAGCAGGAGGUAGUGGAGCCCUGCCCCGUUGCGGGCAAGGACCUGUUGUCAUGGACCUGUACAGUUGUAAAUCAAAGUAUAUAGGAGUGAAGUAUGGCCAACCUUAAGCUGCUUCUUCAAGCUCCUUUCCUUAUGUGUUUGAUAUGAGAUUUUGCACAUUUUGGUGCAUAUUGGUAUCAUUUGGCACUAGGGCUGGAACCAAAGUAUUAUUCCCUUUCCAGGUUUUUAAUUUAAUUUUUUUUUUUUUAACUGGCAAGCGUUUUCUUUUCAGUAGGAAGCUGCACUUAUAAAUGGACAAAUGAGAUUAAAAACUUGCGUAGUAGCAUACUUAAAGAUAAUGCUUUUUUCCAGAACAUGGCAAAAUGAGCCAUCCUUUUAGGAGAAAGAAAAAGAAAAGUAGAAAUGAUUGUCUUGUAGGAAGUACAUUAGAAAUGCUGUUUGUCUGAACCCAAAAUGGAGACUGAACUCUGCAUCCAAAAUAAAUUUUGCACAUCAGCAAAGCACUUAAUAUUUGACUAUAAAUUAUUAGCAGUGUGGCCCUGCCCCUUAUCUAACUAAUAUUAGAAAACCAAAGAUGGCUUACUAGCCAUAGUGACACUUGCGGUCUAAAUUCUCCUGACGUAAUCUCGUUUACGAUGACUUUUACGAUGACCUUACAUCACAGCAUUUGAUGCCCUAUAGAUUGCUAGCUUGGCAGCCAUAAAGGAACGUUUUUUUGGAGCUCUGGAGAGCUUGGUUCUUUCUGGGUGAGGCGCUGGGUAAUCCAAACCGUCUCUGUUAAACAGAGCUGUCUGUCUGCUUUGGCAAACCGGGGUGACGCACUGUUCGGCAGCGUAGUUUGGGAGCAGGAUUUAGAAAUGGCAAGAAAUCGCACUUAAAUAGUGGCAAGCAUUCGAGUUCUGGGAGAAUAAAUCAGUUCCCGAUCCGUUCCAGGUUCCCUUUGCUGAAGUUCGGUUGCAAAGGUGAGAAACUUUGGACUAACAGGUUACGCCAAGGGUACAGGAAAAAGCCGCUGGAAAUGAUCUUACUUCUGUCUCCGAAGCGCAUGGGGAGUAGCUACCUGAAUGUUUUUGUCACUGGGGGAGAGAGGGGUAGCCAUAAUCAUUCCUUGGAUUAUUUUUCCUGACCCUAGUUGCCAAAUAGCCAUCGUAGGUUUUUAAUACUCUUCCUUUCUGUUGUCGGUCAGGGUUGAAUUAAAAAGCUGCUGGUUCAUUCCCAACUGUUAAUGCUCUUUAGAUGUGUUGGAAAUCUUGUUUGUUUGUUUUUUUUCUUCCUUUCUUUUUACGCUCGAGGUGGCCAGUUCAAAACCUUGUGCCUCAAGAGGCAUUAAACGUAAUGCAAUUUUCUGAAAAAUUGGUUGGCUGCUUGAUGUUAAAAAAGAAAAUGGCACAGUAAUAGGAAAAGGUUGUGUCUGUGUUUUUAAGUUUUUCUUUAUUCUGCUUUUUUGCUGCUAUAAGAUUUUCUUGAAUUUAUAUUUUAAACUUUUCAUGCACUUUACUGUUUCUAGUCUCAAAAUGUGAUAUUUUUAAUAAAUGAAAAAAUUUUCCAUUAUGUGAAUGAAAUUUUUAAACAGAUUGAUAGCCUAUAUUUAUGUCUCAUUCGUAUACUUAAAAAGUCAAAUUUAAAUUGUUAAAUCAGUUUUAAAUACUAAGGAGCCAUCUGCUGUCUUGCAAAACCGACAAUUCAGGCUGUUCCUCCGCUCUUUAAUUACACAUUUCCUCUGUCGUUUUAUACAUAGGAAAUCAUCCAUAGGAAAAAUCAAUUGGACCUAGGGUGGAAAAUAUUCCCUGACUUUUGUUGGGGGGCCGGCGAGGGGGGGGGGGGGGGGGACAGAGCGCAAAAAUUGGUUCAACGCAAUGACAACUCCCUUUUAAAAGAAGUGCCUAAAAACGGAGGCGUCAUCUCUUGUCUACUAUAAAUUGGAAGUUAUCGUAGCUGGGUGAAAUUACUGUACAGAAAUUGCUUUGUGCAGCACCAAAAGCCCUUUCUAGAGAUGGAUUUUUCCUCUAGGGGCAGGUGUCUCUCGUUUAAUAUACCUCAGCGUUCGACACCUAGCCACGCAGGUCAAUUGGGAAAGCAAUUGAGAGCAUAGUACUGGAAAGUAGAAUAGCAUGAAAAACUUAAUUUUGUGGACAUUACCUUUCUGUAAUCAGCUACUGUAUCUGUUUUGGAGGGGGGUCUCUGCUCUGGAGGUAUGCACUAACCACCCGGUCUCCUCCUUUCCUACACGCAUGGUAAACUAGCAACGUGAGCAAUAUUUCCUACCAUACUUCACUCCCAAUAUUUUUUGAGCUGUUUGUAUAAAAUGGAAUUUAAAGUUCACCUAUGAUUGUAUAUGAACUGCCGAGGAGCCCGUUUAUUAAUAAAAAUAAAAGCCAA